GUUCCUGGUGAAAGGAGGCUUGGUUGGAGGUGCUGUUUAUGUAGUAUAUGAGCAGGGGCUCUUAAGCGGCAGCGACCAGGGGGCUGAAGCACUCCAAAAAGCCCAAGCGGCAUUGCCCCCAGCUGUGGAGGAAUGGACCAGAUAUUUCGGUUGGCAGCUUCCAGCAAUUCCAAAAACUGAAUUUUCUAUUGCCAGUUCCUGGAACACAGGGGUCGAGACGGUCAUCGGUGCUCUCUCUGUAGCCCCGACCAGGGCUUGCGAAUACACACAGCACAGCUGGAAAUACCUGAAGGGUCUUAUCAAAUGAAACCCUACCAAAGAGCCUUGGUUUUGCUUUCCUUCUUGCUAUCUCAGGGGGAAUUGAUGCCUGCAGGGGGGCCCUGGGGCUUGGAAUAAAGGCCUUGCA